CCCCGCGUCGCCCCCGGAGCCCAUGUGCACGGAGGCGGCCCCAAGCCCGCCGUCCCCGCCCUGCCCGCCCGACGUGCGGCUCUGCGGCCACCUGCGCAAGCAGAAGUCCCAGCGCCUGCGCUUCUUCGUGCUGCGCGCGAACCCGCCGCGCCUCGAGUGCUACGAGAGCGAGAAGAAGUUCCGCGCCGCGGCCGCCGCCCGCCCCGCGCAGCCCCGGCGCUGCGUCAGCCUGGAGGGCGCCUGCACCAUCAGCAAGCGCUCGGACGCGCGCCAGCGCCACCUGAUCGUCGUCUACACGCGCGACAGCAGCCUGGGCGUGGCGGCGGCCAGCGAGGCCGAGCAGCAGGCGUGGUACAGCGCGUUGCUCCAGGUGCGCGCCGCCGCCAACGCUGCCGGCGUAGCCAGUCCGGCCGCCGCCCACGAGGACCCCGGGCCCUGGCUCCCCGCGCCGUUCCAGGACGUGUGGCCCGUGACGCUGCGCCCUAAGGGGCUGGGGAGGACGCGGGGCCUGGGCGGCGGCAGCUACCACCUCUGCCUGGGCUCAGGGGCGCUGAGCCUGCUGCGGAAGCCGGGGAGCCGGCGCUCCCGCGACGGCCUCGCCGCGCCGCCCGUCCUGCGCCUGUCCCUGCUCAGCGUGCGGCGCUGCGGCCACGCCGGCGCCUUCUUCUUCCUGGAGCUCGGCCGCUCGGCGCCCACCGGGCCAGGGGAGCUGUGGCUGCAGGCGCCUGACGCCGUGGUGGCCCGGAGCAUCCACGACACCGUCCUGGACGCCAUGAAGAGACUGGGCGGCGGGGCCGAGCCCCUGCCCUGGGACCUGCCGGCCGGCCCCCGCGCGCCCCUCGCCCCCACGCCCUACGACGCCCCGGCGCCGGCCCCGGCCGCGCGGCCCCGAGGCCUAGGGGAGAAGGCGCAGGCGACGCUCCGGACCCUGGCGAGGCUGAUGCCCGCCGCCUCUCGCUCGGGCGCGCUGGGCCGGGCCGAGGCCGGGGCCGCGGGGGUCCGCGUCCGGGCCCCGGACGACUACGUGCACAUGGGGGGCGACGAUGGGAGCGACUACGUGUGGAUGGCGGGCCCGAGCGACGCCGGCGAGGCCCCCCGGCACGCGGCGGGCGCGGAGUACGUGCUCAUGAAUCCUUUCCCGCCCACGGCCCCCGCCACGCAGCCCCGGGGCCCCCGCCGCGCCGAUGGCUGGUCGAGGCUGGUGCGGGAGCCUGGGCGUGCGGGCCCUCAGCCCAAGGCCACGCCGCCCCCCGACAGCUGCCUCAACUACAUUGACCUGGACCUGGUCCCUGCCCUGGAGGUCGGCGGAGGUGCCCCUGAGGCCCACACCCACAACUACGUGAGAAUCAAGUUCUAGCACCUUCCCGGGCUAACAGAAUUAUUACAGAGCCAGUCGCAGGCUGCCUUUGUGACCAAGAUAUGGACGAAGAACCGCUCCCCCA